AUCGCAUAACCGAAUAAGUCACUAUGAACCGCCCUUUAUAACAAACUAGUGUACAGACAGUCGUGAUGUCGCGAAUAUUAUCACUAGUGAUUUUAGCUUUAAUUCGCGAAUUAUUUUAAUUAAUUUAAGCGUUCAGAGUUCCAUCAAGAGUAGAUUCUCGUAACAAAAUGUCACCCGAUAUCACACUGGCACUUAGGCUGAAACCGAUAAUCGUACAGAAAUGGAAGAAAAACUGGAAAAGUUAAUCGACAAUGCGAUCGCUGAAAUGAAAAAGAAACUCGGUUGCUAUUCGAAACAAGUUGAUCAUAACAUAACGAACGUUUAAUCAAAGAGUUCGGCUUGUGGGAUUAUUACAAUUCGAUUCCAGAUGAUGUACUUAUGUGGCGUGAACGAUAUUAGCGAUGUGAACGUCGUAUUGAAUGCUGAAAACCAGAAACUGCAAAAGCUUAGCAACGAAUUGACCGUCGCACAGUUAGAUACGUAUUUGAAUUCUCUUCGCACGAUGUCCAAGUCAUUGGAAGAAUAUUACACCUACAUACAAAAGGAAAUGGAAAAAUACGACGACGAAUAUAUCAAGCAAUGCCACAGCUGUAACCAAGAUGGAUUAGAUUUCACCAAUUUACAAACAACUAUUCAUAAACUGCAAGCUGAUAUUUAUCAAGCUAACGAGAAACAGGAGCCGAAAACCGUAGUAACGACGAAGCUAUCGCAGUGUUUCGAUUUACACAAGUAAAUCACUCUGUGUCAAACAGAUUUAGAUCAAAUGAAGAACGAACUGUCUACUAUUCGUCAUUUACCAUCGAAUCUUCCCGAAGCUGAAAAGAAACUCAACGAUUUGAAGAAGAAAUUCCGCGAAGUGUCCAACGAGUUCUCCAAGAAAGUGUCUCAAUAAGGUAAUUUUGAAUCGAGGAUUAUUUGAAUACUCGUUCCGUUUGUUUUAUUUCUUGAAUAUCUUGUACCUUAAAAAUGCAUUUAUUUUUUAGUUUAGGAUUUUAUUUCAUUUUGCAUUCGUAUAAUUAGAUGCAGAAUUAUUACGUUGUAUGUAUUUAUUUUUUCGAAUAAAUUAUUCUGAUCUCGUUCUUA